AUGUGCUGGAACCUGAACUUAAUACUAAAUUUCAGGAGAUCAACUCAAAGCAAGUCGAUACAGCUUUGAAAACUUAACAGAGAACUUACUAUGUUCCAACUGAAAAAUAUGCAGCCUGUGAAUAAACUCAACCAUAAAAGCCAAAGAAUUGAUGCAGCAAAACUGAGCCAGAGAAUGAUAAAUGCGCAGAAGAAAAUGACUUUUGAAGAAAUUGAAGAUAUUAGGAAAAUGAAGACGAAAAUUACUACAUAUACAACUUACAAGUCAAGUAAUAUCCUCAAUUCAGAAGUAACGAUGUCUUCAAAUAAACUAAUUCCUCCUAAUAUCUUGGAUAUGACAGGGAAAGCAAGAAGUGUUGGCAUGUUUCAAAACAACGUAUUUGGAAAAACAGGACCAAUGUUGAAAUCAAACAAAGUCACUGACCUUAAGAGGAUCAUCUCUGAAACUAUAUCUCUGUACUCAUCUUACUACAGUAAAGAAACACAAGAAACCAAGAGAAUCCCUUUGAAAAAGUUUAGGUCCCAAUCAGCUUAUGCGACCCUUAGAAAUUAUAUCCAGUCUGACAAGGGUGGGAAAAUACUACCGACAAUUCUCGGUGACACAGAGGAUGAAGAUGAACUUGAGAACCCUUUAUCUGAGGAAAUGCUGGUUCUGCUUAUGCAUUACAUCGAAAAAAUUAAAUAAACCCACUUUAAAAUAAAUACAUCAGGCGAAAAUCCUGAUGCUGAUCCUUUUGAGGCAAAUCAAAGCUGCACAAAGGAGACCUAGUGAUUCUCGAACAAGAUCUCCCAAGAAAUCUCCCAAGAAAUCUGCAAAGAAAAAAGCCGAGGAUAAUUUAAAAAUAAGAGACAAGGAUUUUCCCAUAAAUCUUCUGGAAGCACGAGCUUUCUUAAAUUCUUAGAGGCCAACCACAAACAAACAGAGGGAAUUAAUUAUUACCAGCAGAGAAAAAUAAGACGCAGUUGAAGCUAUUUGAUAGAAAGCAGGAUUGGAAGAAUACUUAAUGCAAAUACAACUAAAUAUAAAGAACUCAUAGCAGCAGGAGAUAAUACUGAUCCUGAUGAAACAUCAGAUAAUGGCGUUACAAAAUCUACCACGAAAAAGCAUAUUUCCCGAUUAAGAUCCAUCAAGAACAGAGAAGAAAUUUUGAAAAAAAUAAAGUCUCAAAAUAAGCCUCUGAAAUCCAACCCAAAGCAUCUCCCAAAUAAACCAAAACUAACCCCAAGAGCCUUCAACAUCUCUCUCCCUACAUUCUCCCUCAAAUAGCACUGUCCUUCCCAAAAAUCCCUUUGUCAUCCCUCACUGCACCACUCCUACCGUUCAUCGACCCAAACCCUCUCUAAACCUAGUUCAAAUCCCCAGUCGUUCCUUCAAGCUGUACAGUAACUGCGAUAAGCUCAGUCGAAAACUUGCUGCUUCAAGACCUCAUUCGAAACCUGCGCCUGUAAAGGCUCUUUCUGCUAAGCGUUUUCUGAGACCAACUAUGUAUGUAAGAAAGGUUUUUAAGAAUCUUUCCUCUGUUCGUAUGAUUAGGCAGAAGGAAAGCAGAUCAGAAACUAAAGAAUAGAACAUGGAAGGGGUUUUAAUAGAGUAUAAAUAACAAUUCAACUU